AUGAGCUCCGAUUCGAACAAUUUAGUUUUAAAACGCAUUGGGACCUAUGAUCUAACCGGAAACCGGCUUGGCAAGGGAAACUUUGCCUACGUAGAGUUAGCAACGAACCGCAUCACUAAAAGUAAGGUUGCCAUGAAAGUCAUAGAUACACGGAAAAUCAAAGACGAUUACGUUAAGAGAAACAUCCUCCGAGAAGCCCUACUCCUGAAGAAAGUCAACCAUCCGAACAUAGUUCGAUUGUACGAGACUCUCAAACAGCACUCCAUUUACUGCAUCGUGACUGAGUAUGUUUCCGGCGGCGAGUUGUUGACUUACUUACGAAGUCAGCCCGAGUCGAAAUUGAGCGAAUCACAAGCCAGACCGAUUAUGAGACAACUAAUUUCGGCGCUGUAUCACAUGCACGAAAAUGGAAUCGUCCAUCGGGACCUUAAAAUGGAAAAUAUCCUUCUGGAUGAAAGUAAAAAGAACAUCAAGAUAGUUGACUUUGGCCUCAGUAACAUCUGUGAAGGUGACAAACUCCUCAAAACACAAUGUGGCUCCCCUGAGUAUGCUGCACCAGAAUUGUUCAGACGUGGCUGUCAAUAUGGGACAGAGGUUGAUUUAUGGAGUCUAGGCGUUGUUAUGUAUGGCAUCAUUGUUGGAAGGCUGCCAUUCAGAAGUCCUCACUUUGGCAGCAGAGGCCGAAGUGAGCUACUGGAUCAAACGUCUCGCGGGCUCAGCUGCACACACAACAAAUAUCUAGUGCCUCUAACACCACAUUGCCGUGAUCUGCUGAGAAAACUUUUAGAGCCUAAUCCGCAGAUGCGUGCGCCCCUUCUGGACGUUAUGGAACACCCCUGGAUAACUGCUCAUGGGACUAUGCCAUUAGCGCCAAACACUGAGCAACUUAUGGACGAGCAACUGCGAGAUAAGGCCUUGAGUAGGGCUUCACAACUCAUCAACAUUGAUAAACCUAAGAUUGCCCGACACGUUCGUCAGAAGAGAUAUGACGCUGUGUCAGGCGUCUACAAUCUUCUUUUGGAUGAAGAGAGGAAAAAAGUACUUUCGUCAAACAACUGUGCUGGAGGUGUUAUGAGAACGAGUGAUCAAGGGAAUUCGGUCAUACGGGUAUUCAUCAAUUCUACCACGUGUGAUGGCAAGGAGGAUGGUUCCCAGUGUCAUGAAAAUAAAAGCUCGACCGGUUCUGAUAGUGAGAAUUCACAAACCGAGCCCGACUGGGACCAAGCGCGAACACAAAAGCAUGUAGUCCACAAACCUGAAGAAAACAAGUCUGUCGAAGAACAUUUCGAGGACCUCUGGAUCAGGGGGCAUAAAGUUUGCUGCACUCAGUCGACGCUAACCAGAAGACAGUCCCACAAGAAAACACGACCCAACACAGCCCUCGAAGGGCAACAUGCACCGAGAGAGACACCGUCUUUCUGUAGGCAAAGAAAUAAGAGUACACGUGCUUUGCAAAGAACCCGCAAAACGAGAUGUAAAUCAUGUGUUCCGCGGAUUACAAUUGACAGUGAGAUGAAAGGAACACAGAUGGUUAUGUCCCCCCGGAUAAAACUAGAGACCAAGCUAUUGGUUUCCCAAUCCCCGCAACAAGAAACAAACAUUCAAACUCCGACUUCGGAAAAGUUUGCAAAUAGUGAAAGUCUUUCGGAAGAGAGUGUAAAACCUGGUGUAAGUGCAUCAGAGAGAAACUGCGUACAAUCAAAGAUGGAUGCCGGAGACAUUCAAAACGAAAAUGCCGACGUGAAUCUCGAGCACAAAGCUGACAUGAAAAUUACAAUACGAACGGAAUGCGGUCUCAAGGUUACCUAUGGAGAUACACAGAGCACAAAGUCGACUGCAGCCAGGGGUGAAAACGCUUCGCAAAUGUUGCAAUUGAACCAAAAGUUUUCAUCCGCAAGGAAUUCAAUCCGGUCCCCCAAAAGUGGGAGUAAGAUUUCCCCUUCAUCACUAGCACAAUGUUCUAACAGAACAGUAUCAUCUCUAAGAACAAGUCAGUUUGUAGAUCUUGCUGAUUAUUACAAGCACGUUCCUCAGCCUCCAAAAUCACGUGGUGCUCCACAACAAGGCGCAUCGCGGAUUCCACCCAAUGAGGAAGAAAGGGAAGGAAGAUGUGACAGUAUUUCUGCUUUGUGCCAGUCCUACAUGAAGAACAAGAAAACACCGCAACAUCCCCGCCUGUCCAUAAUGCAGGCGCGGGAAAUUCUUCAACUUGAGUCCAAGUUUCACACCAAAUAUGGCAGGAGACUUGGCACAGAGGACAGCAAUAGCAACCCAGACUCAAGUAAACAGCCUGAGAAUCAAGUGCCACACCACAGAGAUGAAAGCAUCGUAACUCAUGACCAAAAAAACGAGACUCAAACGAAAACGAACUUCCAGCUCGGCAUGCAAAACUACUUCAAAGGAAUUUCCUCACUCCGGGAACAAGGGGAAAUAACUGCAUGCGUUAAUAAUCGUGAGGAAAAUCUUCGUGAAAAGAAAAAUGUGUCGAGCUACGAACGGCAAGCUGGACCAGACCUCUCAAGGGAACCAUAUUUUCAUGACAACAAACCUGACAACAUCAAUAUGGAUGAGGUGAGAGUCGGUACAGAUGACCACAGUGCUACCAAUCAGGACAGUCGAGAAGUAGAGAGUAAAUUAAGACCGCAACAAGAGGAAUCCAUUAAAAGACAAAAAGAGAAGGAACUGCUCGAAUACCAGGAGAGAGAGCGAACCAGGUUUCUGCAAGAAAUCAAGGAUCAAGAACGGAGACAGAUUAUAACAGAAUAUUUACAAAACGUUUACACGCGCAGUACUGCGCAACCUCACAGUGUUAGAGGUCAGUCUGGUACUCGAACUAACAACGUAACCAGGCAAGGCCGCGCCCAUUCUGUGCCCACUCGAUCAUCAGACCGACAAAGCUCCGACGUACCCCAGGUGAUCACAAAACCAGUUCCUAUCUUACAGCAGGCAACCAGGGAUUCUCAAGCAGACAAGAGAACUGUCAGUUUUAGAGGUCCAAAUGAGUCUAAAGCAACCAACGCUGUGAGGUUCUUUAACGAGUGGAGCAACAGUGUGUUUACAGAGUACAUCAACAGCUCUGACAGUAGUGCCGAUAAGGGGACAGAACAACACAAAUUUAAGAUGAACGACCCCAGUCGUUGGAUAGAACAGCAUCUAAACGGGGUACUGGACGAAGCAACUUUAAGAAGAGAUUACUGCCAUUAUCAACAAUCCAUCUUCAGAGAAACUUGACCAAUACAUUAAUAAAUGUAGUGUACGAUGUCUUUACGCCUUAUAUUUUUAUUACUGCUAUUUUUUAAAAGAAUUUACGAGAUUUAAACCAUCUUUUCGAGAUGAGACCAAGAAAGCCUGGAGCCUCGGAAGUAUUUUUUACAAUAAAUUUUUUGAAAUCUCAGCCAAAGAACGCUCAAAAUAAAUUGCUAUCGUCGAGUUAUUUUCUUAGACGUAACUGUAAUACUAUUU